GCAGAGGGGCUGUGUCAAGAACGGCGGGGGGCUGCCGGAGGCACUGCCUUCCUUCCCGGCCAUGGCGGAGGUGGUGGCCGAGAUGCUGGCACAGGCGUCGCCCGAGGUGGUGGAGAUGCCCACGCCGAUGGCAGAGGAGCUGACGGCCGUGACGGGGGAGGUGACGGAGAUGACAGCCGGGGAGGCCUUGGCCUCAUCCCUCUUCUUCCAGCACCACCAGUUCAUGUGCUCCGAGUGUGGCAGCCUCUAUGACACCCUCGAGGGGGUUCUUGCGCACCAGGAGCAGCACGGGCCCCCAGCCGUCCUAGAGGAGGAGGAGGCGGCCGCGCUGAGCGCCCCGGAUGCGGGCCUGGGGCCGGGCACUGAGGAGGGGCCCUUCCAGUGCGGCGAGUGCAGCCAGCUCAUCCUCUCCCCUGGCGAGCUUCUGGCCCACCAGGAUGCCCACCUCCGAGAGUCUGCAAGCCAGAUCCAGUACCAGUGUGGGGAUUGCCAGGAGCUGUUCCCCUCGCCUGAGCUGUGGGUGGCCCAUCGCAAGGCCCAGCACCUCACCCCCACCGUCGCCGCUGAGCCUCCAGCACUGGCACCCUCACUUCCCGGGGCCCCGCUGUCUACGGCCCCUCUGCCACCGACACCCGAGGUCAAGAUGGAGCCCUAUGAGUGCCCCGAGUGCUCCACCCUCUGCGCCACUCCGGAGGAGUUCUUGGAGCACCAGGGCACCCACUUUGACUCCCUGGAUAAGGAGGAGCACAACGGGCUGGAAGAGGAGGGGGGCGACGACGAAGAUGAAGAGGAGACAGAGGAGGAAGGGGUGAUGGCGGCCCAGCAGGGCGAGGAUGCUAUGGGAGGUGCCGACUGCACAGCCAGCCAGGCCCAGGGCCGUGGGGACUGUCCCCAGCACUGGCCCUCCACAGGGACCCACCCACGCCACCAGCGGGCGUCUCGAGGCCCGGUGGCAGCCGCCCACCCCUUUCACUGCAGCCAGUGCCAGCGCAGCUUCAGCUCGGCCAACCGGCUGCUGGCCCACGGACGGGCCCACGUGGGGGGCACCCAUGAGUGCGCCACCUGCUCCAAGGUCUUCAAGAAGGCCGCCUCCCUGGAGCAGCACCUGCAGCUGCACCGUGGCGAGGCCCGCUACCUCUGCGUGGACUGCGGCCGUGGCUUCGGCACGGAGCUCACCCUGGUGGCCCACCGGCGGGCCCACACGGCCAACCCCCUGCACCGCUGCCGCUGCGGCAAGACUUUCAGCAACAUGACCAAAUUCCUCUACCACCGGCGCACCCAUGCUGGAAAGAGCGGCGCCCCCAGCCCUGUAGCCUCGGCCGAGCCAGCCCCUGCAGAGCCGGCGCCCCUGCCGCCCACGCCGCCCACCCAGCUGCCCUGCCCUCAGUGCUCCAAGUCCUUUGCCUCCGCCUCCCGCCUAUCCCGGCACCGCCGCGCAGUCCAUGGCCCCCCUGAGCGCCGGCACCGCUGUGGCGUGUGUGGCAAGGGCUUCAAGAAGCUGGUUCAUGUGCGCAACCACUUGCGGACACACACGGGGGAGAGGCCCUUCCAGUGCCACUCAUGCGGCAAGACCUUCGCUUCUCUGGCCAACCUCAGCCGCCACCAGCUGACCCACACCGGCGCGCGCCCCUACCAGUGCCUGGACUGUGGCAAGCGCUUCACGCAGAGCUCCAAUCUGCAGCAGCACCGGCGCCUGCACCUGCGGCCCGUCGCCUUCGCCCGGGCCCCCCGCCUCUCCCUCACCGGGCUCUACAACAAGAGCCCCUACUACUGCGGGACCUGCGGCCGCUGGUUUCGAGCCCUGGCUGGCCUGCGCCUGCACCAGCGGGUCCACGCCCGUGGCCGGACUGUCGCCCCGCCACCGCCCCGGCCGCCAUCCCCCGCCGUCCCACUGCCCCCGGAACCCCAGCAGACCAUCAUGUGCACCGAGCUGGGGGAGACCAUCGCCGUCAUCGAGACUUCUCAGCCCCUGGCCUUGGAGGCCACGCUGCAGCUGUGCCAGGCUGCCCUGGGGGCCAGCGAGGCGGGCGGGCUGCUGCAGCUGGACUCGACGACCUUUGUGUGACGCAGCCCAAGAGCAGCAAUAAACAGG